AUGUCGGCUGCAGUUCUAUUAUUGAAGAUGGCGAGGUUGAAGAUUAGUCAUAUACGACAUACCAUCAUUAGCAUGCAUAGAAACACAACCGUUAUGCCCGUGCUAAGUCAACUCUUGAGCAAUAGGUUGAUCGGAAAAGAAUUCAGUUCUGGCGCCACCGUCCUCACUAGGUUGAAGAGAGAAGACUACAAGCUGCCUACCCACAACAUCGUUUUCACCCCAUGGCAGGCACUAGCUGAGCAUAAACUUAUACUGCAUAUACAGAUACUUAUAGAUUUCAGCGAUUUUAAUUACGGAAAAGGUGUCCGUAGAUACAGACAUGAGCACUUACCCCCUAAACAUUGUGCGGGUCUGUAUGAGCUCGGUGUAGCACUCACUGGUCAAGACCUACGCCAAGGUUUUGAUCCUGUUGAUGUUUUAGCCACAUAUCUAGGACAUAGUGUAGACGUGAGAUCAAGACUCCAGGAAUAUGGAAGAAGCGGUGGUCAUUUGGCUUAUGCUUUAUAUAAAGCCAUUUCCUCGGAACAAGGCUCGAUUUUAUUUAGAUAUGCUCUGUGGGAAGCUGCUGCAGCAGAAAGGAUGCUUUUGCGCAUAGUUGAUUAUCCAUUGAACAGAUGUAAUAACGGGACACGACGCGAGGUUGAGGUUACGAAGCUCUGUGAUCCCAAGUUUAUGAGCAAGAGAAAGUCACAAGUGCUGGAUCCUUUUCUUGAAGACCAAGUUGUUACCAGAAUCAAAGAAGAGAACCAUUUGGUUAACCGGAGUAAACUUACUCAUACGUUUCAAAUUUGUAGUGUUGGACUGUUGCUAGUGUUUACUUGUAUAGUCUCUGUUUCUAACUUAUAUAAGGCACAAUUGUUAACCGAAAUUGUUUAG